AUGGCCGCGUCAAGCUUCACAACAACUCGCUUCGCUUCCACCAGAGACGAGCCGAAGGGAGGCGAAGAGCGAGAUACCGACUUUGGCGACAAGAUGCCUCGCUUCGGCGGCCGCAGCAGCAUGCAGAAGCCGGACGACGAUGGAAAAGAUACCGCUGCCUUACCAGAUCCUUCAUUAACGAUCCAUCGGGUAUCUAUCUAUCAUAUCGCACAUGGUGCUGGAUUGACGCUCUCAUCGACGCUCUGGGCCGGAAAGGGACGCGAUCAGCCGAACGGAAAGUCCUGGGAGUCACGCUUCAGCUGCCUGCUUCCCAGCCCACGACCACCUCCACCUCCACCUCCACCUCCACCUCCACCACCACACCAGCCCUGUGCAUCAUUGCGUUUGCUCGAGAUCAUGAACGACAGCUUGCUUGCUUUGACCUCUUCUGAUGGCCUUACCAUAAAACUUCAAUUCGAUCCGAUUCGAUACAUCAAUCAACCUUCGACCCUUUACCACUUGCAACCUGCUUCCCCCCGGGAUGGCCUCGCUUUGAUUCCGCAAUCAUCAUAA